AUGCCUUGCAGGGAGGAACUGGAUCAGCUGGCUGCUGGCUACAUUUCAGACACCAUGGGCUGUAUUCACACGGUGCAGGAGUUCUGUGACAGACACUCAGAAUGGCUCCAACGGAGAAAGUCUGAGCUGAAGAGGAUGCGAGACGUCACAAAGGGGACUGCGGAGAGCAGGGCCCAGGAGCUGGAGGAGGAGCUGGAAUGCCUGCUCCAAGACACCCUGAAGGGGCUUGAGAAGCUCACCCCGUUCCUGCAGGCUGUGGAGAUGCUGGCGGUCACGUCGCUCUCCGUCUUCGAGGAGGAGAAUCCGGUGUGCCAGCUCCCUGAGGGGGUGAGCGCUGAUGCCGUUCGUUCAGUCAUCACCGCCGCCAGGGGAGCCUGUCCGCUUUUGCUCCAUUUCAAGAGAGACGACGGCAAAUUAUUUCGGCCCAGCCUGGUGAACGUGGACCUGCUGGCUUUCCAGCUGGACAAAUACUUGAGGGUUUCCCAGGAGCUGUGUGAGAAGCUCCAGAAAAGAUCAGACCGGCACUUCAGGAUGACCUACCUGUUCAGGGGAUCAGCCCAGCGGUUCAUCGGCCUGUUCAGCCAGCGCCGCUCCAGGAUGCAGCAGUUCCUGGUGGCUCUGGAGGAAGAAGCUGUGAAGCUGGACAGGAUGAAGAUGGGGGCCAGCAUCUCCAGUGUGGCGGGCAGCAGUGUGAGCCUCGUGGGAGGCAUUGCAUCCAUCGCGGGCCUGGCUCUGGCCCCUUUCACGGCGGGGGCAUCGCUGACCCUCAUGAUGGUCGGCGUUGGGCUGGGGGUCACCAGUGGCUUGAGCAGCUUAGCUACAGGUAUCACCGAAUUAUCGGUCAACACUCACCACAGGAAGAAGAUCAAUGAAAUCUUCCAGAGAUUCUCUGAAGAUGUGAAGACUAUGCAGAAGUGUUUGGAGCAAGUGGCCAGGUGCAUUAUACCCAACACGGUGCCAGAUGGGCUGGAUGUUGCGACACGUGUUGUGACUUUAGCCAAAACCACACAUUCCGUGUCUAAAGGGAUAGAUGGCUUAGUGGAUUGUGCUUCCGCCAAAAAGGUGCUCAGAGCCAAAGAGUUGGCCUCAAAGUCAAAUGCUGCCCGAAAGAUUCCCAACAUGGCGGACGAUCUCGGGCAGUUGGCUAAGGGCACUCCCCUCACCCUAAGCAAGUCUGCCAGGGCGGGGUUCAUUGCCCUCAACGCCUUCUUCAUUGGCGUGGACAUCUUCUUCAUCUACAAAGACAGCAUCAGCCUGGCCAAUGGGGACAAGAGCGAUGUGUCAAAGGUCAUCCGCAGGAGGGCCAGUCUGUGGAAGACCGAGCUGGAUGCAUGGGAGAAGAUCUAUCACUCUCUGUGCAUCGGGAGAUUGAGCUUCGAAAGGAGUGAGGAGGUCCUACGGAUGCCAUUUUACCAGCCACAAAAAAGGAUGUCGGCUACUGCAUGA